AUGGCUCACUCUGUCAUUCUCCCUCGCAGGACCUGGUUUUAUCCUAUUGGGAAUACCAGCGCAGACCUCCUCACCGCAAGCUUACCUCCUGAGCAGAAUCUCGACCUCCUUCUCAUCGGAUGCGGAGACCCAAGGAGCAUACUUUAUACCACGUACGCAGACGGUGCUGUCGCAGACAAGCGAGAGUAUGAUGUUACUUUCUGCGAUAUCGAGCCCGCCGUGAUCUCUCGAAAUAUCUUGCUUUUCACCCUCAUCGCGGAUACUAGCUCGGAGCGCGACCUCACGCUGUGGAACAUUUUCUACCACUUCAAAAUUUCCACUGCCGAUCUCACUUUGCUCCAACGCCAGUCUUCCAAGCUAUCUUCCGUCUCCGGAUCGCUGGAACAGUGGCAGCAAGGACCUUACGCCGGCUUCCUCAAACCGCGCACGGAACAGACGCUGUCUGACAUCCGCCGGUUCUGGGAAAUGUAUGCCGCCACCGCGUCUUUCACGAAGGCGCAGAAGCAGGACAUGCACGACAUGGUCGCACGUGGCGUGUCAUCGGCAGCUCGUAGCCAAAAGGCAAACGUGCUUACGGCUUGUCGCUCCGCGGGACCACUGUGGAUAAACCUGGCGACGAGCGGUGUGGCUACAGCCCACUUCAAGCACUACUGGAAGCACGGAGUGGUUGGCGGUUGUGCUACAGAUCCGGCAGCCGUUGAAUGUGUCAACCCGACCCUCCUGUACACGCAGCUGGGUAGCGAGUUCUGCUUGCACUACGGCACAGACCCUAUCAUCGGUUUCCAUCUCGCGGAAGCGCUCGGACCCGUCAAAGGAAAUUCUACGACGAUCAGCGUCCGGGAUCUAGGCGCGUACGCGAUGCGGGAGUUUGGACAGUGGUGCAGCGCCUUCAGGAAGCGCAUUGCCGUAGACUGCAAGUUCGUUUUGCGCCCGUACGUUGGAGACGCUCUGUCCCUCUGUCGUGCCCUCGGCGGAGAGCGCAACCUCUGCGUGUCUCCGUUCGACUCGCGGCCGAUUGUACUUGCCAGUGACAACGACGAUGCCCUCGCCGUAGCCCCGCCCACUACGUUCAAUGUCAUCGAAACCUCCAACCUUGCGGACCACGUUGGCCUGUUGAACGUCUUCACGAGCGCGGUGCCUCUUCUACGUCCCUCAUCGGCAUCAGUCCUCCACACCAAUACCUUACUUCGAACCGCUGCUUCGGACUCCGCCGACGUAUUCAUGGAGAAGAUCGGCGUAGAUAUUACUACGUUUUCAACCCUCGUUGGGCUUGCGCCGCUAUCCCUGCUCACCCGCUUCAGCACAUCCUCAUCUCAGUUUGAGGCCUUGGGGGCUCCAAUGGAGUCGAAACAGCACCAUCAGGCUAUUGCUUGGAAAUUUCCCGGGUCAGGAGACCAGGCUGCUCUCGUCGACGGCUGCUUCACCUCGACUCCCGUCGCUAUCAGCUCGAAGGACCUGAUCCAAGUGCUUUUCAAGCUAUACUUGAACAUGUUCUCAUCGGAGAAUUCGUUGAAGUAUAUGGCCAUGGCGAUGCAAGGCCGUAUCGACGAAGUGAUGAACUCCGGAAAUAUCGUGUAUGUGCGAGCGAGCUUUGCGGCCCUCCUGCGGCUGUUCAAAGACCGUGUACGCACCGACUGGCGCGCGGCCAUGGAAGGCUUGUUCGACGCGAUUCAGGACGACCGCACGCUACAGCUUGGCAUGAUGUUCUACCAAGAACUCAGUCUGCACUCGCACCUCCUCGGAGUCUACUCGCACGGAUUCUUCUCUGACAAGCUCGACCUUGCUCGCAUGUAUCGCCUCCGCCCGGCCCUCUUCACGCAUUGGCCUCGCACACCAGAUAUCGCACACAUCGUCAUGCGGGUUCCUCGGUCGGCGUUCUCGCGUCUUGACAGCAUCGACGCGGAUCGUAUUGGCACGCCUAUGCUGCAGUGCGAAGUGGGAGUUGUCAGCGGGAUGCAGACCAACAUAUCUGGCAUCCAGCUCGACUUUGGGGAGCUCACCGUGACUGGCACCGCGGACAAGGCGUCCGCCACGCUGGUGAGAGACAGCGACGGAUGGAAGGGCACAUCGCCCGUCAUCGUUCAGAUCAUGUUCCCCGCGCGACUGCUCGAUAUCGAUCCUCGCUCGACGCAGGUUCGGCUUUCCAUCCGCGCGACGCCCCAAUCCACCUUCCAGCUCAUGCCCAUCCUCGGCAACCGCCUCGUCAUAUUCGAAGCCGAUCUUAUGGGAAAGGAUGUAUAUGUGCUGAAAGAUGCUCCCCGCGUCCUCGGAGCAGCAGUGCCAGCUCCUCGCGCUCCUACUGUCGCUACUACUCCCGAUACGGUGGCACACGCGGAGGGCCUACCUGCGCAAACGACGAAGGACGUACCCAGGCUCAUCUUCAUGGGAAACAAGGUCUCGCAUCUCGCCGUCAAGGUCAAUAUUCUCAGUGACCUCGGGAAGGCCGCCUUGUCCAAGAGUGGCGCUUCAUUGAUACAGCAUACUCCAUGUACGGUGAAAUUCCGUGUCGGGAUGGGCGAUAUCGUGGACACCGUCGCAUUUCCAUUCCCCGUCGACAGACGCGACGUGAAGCUCCGCAUGGAGAAAGCGGCUGUGGAGGUCAUCGCACGGACGGUGGACGCAAACCCAGCCAUCGGACAUGGUGGUUACGAUAAGAUCGCCCGCACGCCAGUUGUCAUGACUCAAGGCAGGCCAAGCGUCUGGAGCCUCUCCUACAUCAAUCUGAACAACCUGCCGGCGCUGGACCUCGCUCGCCCCAAAGCACAAUUCGACUGGAUGCAACCACUGAUGACCGCCAUGUUUUCCGACCGCGAACUCGUCCUGCAAAGGAGCGGCGACAAGAGCGAUACGUUCGUCAACUUGAAAAGCAGCAUCGCGCAUACCAUCAUCGGGCACGCAGCCGGUCUCUCGAACGGCAAGCCAUCGCGCAUUAUCUCAUUGCACUGCAAGUCUGACGGCGGCGUGUAUACGCUGCUGUUCGUCAAUGCUCUCCGCCUCGACCUCGCCUCGCAUAGCGUCGUCCUCGACGUCUCUGUGCUGCCCCUCACGCACGCUAUUAUGCCCCUCGCCGAGCCCGUGCUGAGGAAGCUUCGUAACCCCGGCCUCGUCGAAACCCCCGAGGAUGAUGUGAAGGCAUGGAAAGCGUUCCUGCCAGCAGCCGUUGAGCGCUGUCGUACAUGGGCUCACGAAGCCGACUGCGCAUACCACAAGAAGGGUAUUCCGCUCGGUCUUGCUAUUGACGAGAGUCCCAUCUGCGAUUGCGGUCGCGGAAAGGACAUCCCUAACAGCGAGAUUAUGAAGAUACACAAGGAGUUGAGAUCCUUGGUGACGCGCGCGGCCAUCGGCCCCUUGUACGCCGUGUCAUACCUCGAGGAUGUCGGCAAGAAGAUGCAGGCCGCCAUGAACGCCUUCGCCGACCGAACGGAGGCGCCGGAAGGUUCUGACAAGUGCGUCGCCUGUGGCAAGGUUCCUUCGACGAAGAAGAGGUGCAGCAGGUGCCAGAAGACGAUCUAUUGCUCGCGUGCGUGUCAGACUGGGGAUUGGAAGUCUCACAAGAAGGUGUGCAAAGUGUAG